AAGUGGCUUAGUAUAUAUAGAUUGAAAAAAUAAUUCAUCAAGAACUUGAGGCUUGGGAUUUCAGAAGGAUUAACACUUCAGAAGGACUUUUAUGUAAUCCACAGCAGCAUCAUUUAUUUAUACCAAUAAGUUUGAACCACGAGAAUGUACUCCUUGUCUGUCAUUGGUCUCAUUCUUUGUCUUGUGUAUACAAGUUUCCUCAUGCAAGAAACCGAAGCUGACUGUGUUGCCUGCGCAACUUCUUUCGGGAGCGGAAUAACAGGCGCAGGACAAGACAAGGAGAAAACAUGCAGUUUAGUGAAUACUUAUCUGACAUGUUUGGAUGACGAAUGUAAAGCUGAUGGAUCCAAGGCCACUAUUGACGCAGCCAAAAAGGCUGUAGCUGAUUACGGUUGUGGUGCCUGCAGUAUUAUAGUCAACCUGACUGUCAUUGGAUUAGGACUUUCAUUGUACAUGCUUGUUUAGAUGCCACAUUUUAGUACAUACUUAAGAAGAAACCUACAGAUGCAUGUCAUUACUUACGAAAACUGUUUAGAAUUGAGAUUUUUCGUCUUAAUUUAUUUAACUUUCAUACAUUUGAACUGCUUGGAUUGCUCAAACAAAUGUCAAAAAUUUUAUUUAGACACUUGCAUACAUUCUGAUUUUUUUAUGUAUUUAAUAAAUCUAUUUUAAAGUU